AUUUAUUUUGGCGUGCUCCCGAGGAACUACGGAGUCCGCAGACGAGGGGGUCGCCAAAGGGUGACGUUUACGCCUUUGGAAUCAUCCUUCAUGAGAUAUUUGGAAGAGGGGGGCCUUUUGGAUUUUGUAACAUGGUGCCUAAAGAUAUUGUGUAUCGAGUGAUGGACGGUGGGAUGAUCCCAUUUAGACCAGAUACUAGUACUUUAAAAUGUGAGAAGUAUGUGAUCGAUUGUAUGGUGGAUUGUUGGAGUGAAGCGCCGGAAGACAGACCCGACUUCCGCUGCAUUUAUAAAACCUUACACAAAAUGCGAGAGGGAAUGAAGAGAAACAUCUUUGACCAGAUCAUGACAAUGAUGGAAUCGUACCAGAAUCACCUAGAGGAACUGGUGGAGAGUAGGACGAUACAACUGGCGGACGAAAAGAGGAUCACCGAAACCCUCCUACACCGCAUGCUUCCAAGACCAAUUGCUGACCAACUGAAAGUUGGACAUUGUGUCAAACCGGAAGUGUAUGAAUCUGUCACAAUAUACUUCAGCGAUAUUUGUGGAUUCACGAAACUCUCAGCAGAAAUCACACCAAUGGAGGUGGUGCAAAUGUUGAACUCUCUUUAUACCAAGUUUGAUUCCAUCAUCAAGAACUACGAUGUAUAUAAAGUGGAAACGAUCGGCGACGCGUAUAUGGUAGUGAGCGGGCUUCCCAUCAGGAAUGGCGACACACAUGCGGGCGAAAUCGCAUCAAUGUCGUUAGAUCUUCUCCGUGCCAUAAAAACUUUCCGAAUUACAUUCCUUCCAAACGAAACUUUAAAGUUGAGAAUUGGAAUGCACUCAGGGCCUUGUGUAGCGGGAGUGGUUGGCCUCACGAUGCCAAGAUAUACAUUGUUUGGCGAUACUGUCAACACAGCAUCUAGGAUGGAAUCUAAUGGAGAACCCCUUAAAAUCCACUGCAGUGAAUCCUGCAAAACUUUCCUAGAUAAAUUAGGCGGGUAUACUUUGGAACCACGUGGUUUGGUUGAAAUGAAGGGAAAAGGGCAGAUGUUCACUUACUGGUUAGUCGGCGAAGAUGUUCACAUAAGACGACAGAGAUUGCAGAGAUGUAGUCAGACUUUGAAAAUGAACACAACUUGGGCUAGGGCUACCCGGCAGGCCUAUCUACAGUUCUGUAAAUCUGAGAACAAUGGUGACAAAACAGGGGAUAGCCAACCACUUGUGGACCUUUUCAGAGAAAGCGAAAGCCACUCCAAUCACGACGAGUCCCCUAAAACCAACCACCAUGACAACUUCAGCUCACCGAAAGAAAUCCGAUCAUUCUCUUCAAAACUACGAUACAUUCCAAAUGGAAUUAUUUCUGAGGACAAACGUUUUAGUGAUAUCAAGUUGACAGGUUCAGGACAAGAUAUUGUUGAGCGGACAGCGUUGAUUUCCAAUCACGAUUUAUAUGAUAGCGAUCCCGAGGUCCAGGAGAGGACCAGGCAUCUGUCAGUCGGGAACAGAACGUAUGUUAGUCUGGUAGUGGGUGCUCCGGAAAGACCGAAAAGUGCCAGGAAUAAUAACAGGGAAAUGUAUGAUGUGAACAAUGAGAAUUCCCCGGAGUACCAGAAUCUAAUAUCUGACUCGGCGGUUUGAUAAUGGUACUAGAAAUUCUUAUGACGUUGUGAAGCACUUCAUCAAAAUACGCAACGCUGGAGAAAGAAAAAUAAUGACUUUGAAGAAUUUGUAGGAGUAAUUAUUUGGAAGCAUUUAGCAACGAAAAUAUUAUUUUUACGUGAUGGUUGAUUGAGGAUAAAUGAUUCAGGAAAAAACAACUCAUUAGUCUUUUGUAUAUGUAGUAUAAUUUAACUUAAAAAUAAAACCUUUCCCAUGGUUUACAACAAUAAUAUAUAGCAUUUAGAGUUUAUCGCAAAAAGUGUGUCGAAGGAUCAAAGCAUGUUGUGAUAUUUUCAUUCCGUCAUUCCAAAAUUUUCAAGACAUGUUGCCAUAUCAGCACCUUUCCAUAGGCCAAUUUGUAUGUGUAUAUUUAAGAGAGGGAGAAAGAGGGAGAGAAAGGCAUGUCUUUAAAUUAUUUGCACUGUAUGUUUGAAAGCAUAAAAUACAUUUUCUCAAAAUGCAUACCAUAUUUUGUUACUUUAAAUGAUAUAAUCUUUGUUGAAAUAAUAAAAAAAAAAUUGGUU